AUAAAUGUCAAGUCAAAACUUUCCGUAAUGUGAACUUCUCUGUGGAGGCAAUGAACUCUGCAACAGAAUAGCAUUGUUAAUGGAUUACUGUAUCAAGCUGCCCAGAAACAGGAUGUGGCCAUUCAUUGUCGCAGUAUAUCUGUUCCAAGGACUUGUUGACUCCAAAGAACCAAUAAGAACAAAAAGGGCUAUGGAUCCAGAAGCUUUUAUGAAUAUUCAUGAACUUAUUACCCACAAAGGUUAUCCCAGCGAGGAGCAUAAAGUGGUAACAGAAGAUGGCUAUAUACUUAGCAUAAACAGAAUACCCUUUGGAGUUAAGAACCAGGGAAAUACAGUUUUAAGACCGGUGGUAUUUCUGCAGCACGGCUUGCUGGGAGAUGGAAGCCACUGGGUUACAAACAUGGCCCACAACAGUUUGGGCUUCAUCCUGGCAGAUGCUGGCUAUGAUGUUUGGAUUGGAAACAGCAGAGGAAACACCUGGUCCAGGAGUCACAAAAACCUAUCUGCAAGCCAAGAAGAAUUUUGGUCUUUCAGUUUUGAUGAGAUGGCCAAGUAUGAUCUUCCAGCUAUGCUCAACUUCAUUCUGCAGAAAACUGGACAACAGCAGUUAUACUAUGUUGGCUAUUCACAGGGUGCUGCAAUAGCAUUCAUAGCAUUUUCAACAAUGCCAGAGCUAGCUCAAAGGAUCAAAUUGUUUUUUGCCUUAGCUCCUGUGACUAGAAUUAAGUAUGCCAGAAGCCCUGCAAUAAAACUUCUUAGCCUUCCAGAUAGACUCCUCAGGGGUUUGCUUGGCAAAAAAGAAUUCUUUCCUCACAAUAGAUAUUUCAAAAAAAUUAUUUCUGUCUUCUGUAGCCGGCAACUUCUUACUAGUAUUUGUGGAAAUGUUUUUUUCCUUCUCAGUGGGUAUAAUAUAGAAAACAUAAAUAUGAGCCGAGUACAUGUAUAUAUUGCACGAACACCAGCUGGAACAUCUGCUCAGAAUAUACUGCAUUGGAGCCAGGUUUUUCAUUGUGCACUAUUCAAAGGUUUUGAUUGGGGUGAUGAGAUCAAGAAUAAGGAAAAGCAUAAUCAGUUUACCCCUCCUUUGUAUAAAGUGGAAGAUAUGAAUGUGCCAACAGCAGUUUGGUCUGGAGGAAAAGACCUACUCUCUGAUCCAAACGAUGUUGCUAUACUACUUCCUCAGAUUAAAAAACUUGUGUUCCAUAAAUCAGUUCCAGAAUGGGCUCAUGUAGAUUUCAUUUGGGGACUGGAUGCCCCUCAGCACAUGUAUAAUGAAAUGUUGGAACUGAUGAGGCAAAACCCAGCUAAUAUGCCAGGACUAAGCAAAGAGUUUCCCACAACAGGAAAAACUUGUUGAACUGUCCAUCCUUUAAAAGCAACCCAAGUCUAUUUGAGAUGAAGAUUCACUUAGACUAAUGAGGCUUACACUCAGGUAAGACUAUCUGUUCCUAUUGUAUAUUGCUUUGUGAUAUUGUAUGAUCAGUUCCAGCUUGGUAGUGAACUUCUGUAGUAGGUGUAGGAUAAUUUAAGAACAUUUUAAAUGGUUUCUUUUGGAUUAUGGUAUAAAUGUGUUAAUUGCUAAUUGUCCUGAAUGUUUCCAUAAAGCACAGCUGUUAUUAAUAUGAA